CCCCGACUCUGCGUAAGCACCAUCCGCCUUACGCGGUCUCGAAAUGGCUCCGGGUGGUAGACUUAGGCGACAGGCCUCCGCCUCCAGCUAGUCCCGCCUCCUCCUGACACUGCCGGCCGCGAAUGGAGGGCCCAGGAAAAGGGCCCGGUUGUGACAGGAGAGAGAGUGUGUUUACAUCUCACCUUACCCCGAGCGUGCUGGUUUCAGCCCCGCCUCCUCCUCCCCGCCGUUUAAAACGGUGGGUCGCCCUCCUUCUCACUCAGAGGAGCGGCCCCACAGUUGGUGUCUCCGGGGUUGGUUUGGCUGGGUGACUCCGCGUCAGCCUGCUGUCCACUGCGAGAGGGCCUCGAACUUCAGGUGGAAGAUGUCGGAAAGUAACUUGGCAGAGCGCAGCGACGGACGCGAGAGGCUGGUGUCUGGUGCUAAAGUCGUCGCCCAGGCCCUGAAAACACAGGAUGUGAAUUACAUGUUUGGCAUCGUAGGCAUCCCGGUGACCGAAAUCGCCCUUGCUGCCCAGGAGGUGGGCAUCAGAUACAUCGGGAUGAGGAACGAGCAGGCGGCUUGUUAUGCUGCCUCUGCGGUUGGAUAUCUGACAGGCAGGCCGGGAGUUUGCCUUGUUGUUUCUGGCCCAGGUCUCAUCCAUGCUUUGGGUGGUAUGGCAAAUGCAAACAUGAACUGUUGGCCCUUGAUUGUGAUUGGUGGUUCCUCUGAAAGAAAUCAGGAAACAAUGGGGGCCUUCCAGGAGUUUCCUCAGGUUGAAGCUUGUAGAUUAUAUAGCAAGUUCUCUGCCCGGCCAAGUAGCAUGGAAGCUAUUCCCUCUAUUAUCGAAAAGGCAGUGAGAAGCAGUAUUUAUGGUCGUCCAGGUGCUUGCUAUGUUGACAUACCUGCAGAUUUUGUGAACCUCCAGGUGAAUGUGAAUUCUAUAAGGUACGUGGAGUGCUGCAUGCCACCUCCUGUUAGUAUGGCAGAAAGCUCUGCUGUAUGUAUGGCAGCAUCUGUCAUUAGGAAUGCCAAACAGCCCCUUCUUAUCAUCGGGAAAGGUGCUGCUUAUGCCCGUGCAGAGGAGAGUAUCAGGAAAUUGGUGGAGCAAUGUAAAUUGCCAUUUCUGCCCACCCCCAUGGGAAAGGGUGUUAUCCCUGACAACCAUCCAAACUGUGUAGGUGCUGCCAGAUCCAGGGCUUUGCAAUUUGCUGAUGUAAUUGUGUUAUUUGGUGCCAGAUUAAAUUGGAUUUUACAUUUUGGACUGCCUCCAAGAUAUCAGCCAGAUGUGAAGUUUAUCCAGGUUGAUAUCUGUGCAGAAGAGUUGGGGAAUAAUGUAAGACCUGCUGUGACCUUGCUAGGAGACAUAAAUGCUGUUACUAAACAGCUUUUAGAACAAUUUGAGAAAACACCAUGGCAGUAUCCUCCUGAGAGCAAGUGGUGGAAAAUUCUGAGAGAAAAAAUGAAGAGCAAUGAAGCUUUAUCCAAGGAAUUCGCUUUCAAAAAAUCCCUGCCUAUGAAUUAUUACACAGUAUUCUACCACAUUCAAGAACAACUGUCCAGAGACUGUUUUGUGGUGAGCGAAGGAGCAAAUACUAUGGAUAUUGGGCGCACUGUGCUUCAAAACUACCUUCCUCGUCACAGGCUUGAUGCUGGUACUUUUGGAACAAUGGGAGUCGGUUUGGGAUUUGCCAUUGCAUCUGCUCUAGUGGCUAAAGAUAGAAACCCAGGGCAGCGGGUCAUCUGUGUGGAAGGAGACAGUGCAUUUGGAUUUUCUGGCAUGGAAGUGGAAACCAUCUGCAGGUACAACUUGCCAAUCAUACUUUUGGUGGUGAAUAACAAUGGAAUUUACCAAGGUUUUGAUACAGAUACUUGGAAGGAAAUGUUAAAAUUUGGAGAUGCUACUAUAGUGGCCCCUCCAAUGUGUCUUCUGCCACACUCACAUUACGAGCAUGUCAUGAUUGCAUUUGGAGGCAAAGGGUAUUUUGUACAAACACCAGAAGAACUCCAGAAAUCCCUGAGGCAGAGCCUGGCAGACACAACUAAACCCUCUCUUAUCAACAUCAUGAUUGAGCCGCAAGCCAUGCGGAAAGCCCAGGAUUUUCACUGGCUGACCCGCUCUAAUAUGUAAAUAAAGAUGCCAAUGAGUGACUUGAGGAGUUUUCUCUUUCCUGUAAGAUGGAAUUUUAUUUUCCACAGCAAAAUUACUAUAAUGUUAAAAUUGUUCUGCAAAGAAAAAUAAACAUUUCUAA